AUGGGCCCUAAGUUCAUCGGAAAAUCACCGCCGGUAAUAAUCGACCUAGACCGCAUGCCGGAGCGUGGCUCCCACCACCGUCGCUCUCACUCCGACACUUCCUUCCGUUUCGCCGCCAACUUCGACGACCUUCUCCUCUUCGACCCGUCGGACUUUGACAUCUCCAACCUCCCUCUUCCGUCUCCCGUCUCCGACGCCGUUCCGAUGACGGUCGAUUCGGAUGAGUCCAACGGGAAGUCUGGUCAUCUCCGGAGCUUGUCUGUGGAUUCUGAGUUCUUUGACGGAUUAGGGUUUUCGGGAGGUGGUGAGGAGAGAGUUGAAGAGAGGAAGGUGAACCGUCAUAGGCAUAGUAAUUCGAUGGAUGGUUCUUCGGCGACGUCGUUUGAUGGUGAGUGUUCUGUGGGGAUGGUUGAUGGUGUUAAGAAAUCUAUGCCGCCGGAGAAACUUGCUGAACUUGCUCUUAUUGAUCCUAAAAGAGCUAAAAGGAUUCUUGCUAAUAGACAAUCCGCUGCUCGAUCAAAAGAGAGGAAAACUCGAUAUACAAGUGAGCUGGAGAGGAAGGUGCAGACGCUUCAAACUGAAGCAACUAACCUCUCUACGCAACUCACCAUCCUUCAGAGAGACACCACUGAUUUGAGUGCUCAGAAUAAGGAGCUCAAGAUGAAGUUAGAGGCUUUCGAGCAACAAGCACAACUUAGAGAAGAUCUCAACGAAGCAUUGAAGAAAGAACUGCAACGCCUUAGGGCUCAAAAGAAUCAUUUGAUUGCCGUCACUGGUAAUCCUUCUUAUAACGGAAUGUUCUCCCAAUUUUCUACACAAUUAACCAUGCAAGAUAUGAGUAAUCCUCAACCCCAGCAGGCACGAUCUGGCAUGCCACCUUCUCGUUCCGAUCAACCCUUCAAUGGUCUUGGUCGCUCUAACUUCAUGGAGUUCAAUCAACAGAAGUAG